ACGAACGGCCGCGACAGUCCGCUCGGCCGACAGACGCGUCCGCGACACCGUGCAGAAAGGUACCGUUCUCUCCGCGUUCACGAGGCUCGUCUCGACGCAGCGAGUGCCUCUUAAACCAUUGCUCGAGUCGCUCCUCGACGAAGUAACGCGUGUCGGCCUACGAUCGUAUCGAGGCGAAAGAUCAACGAAGAAGUUUUCUCAGUGUUCUAUCGUCCUCUUGGAUUUAUACCGAUUUAUACCUUGGAUAAACCGAUAUAUCGGUACGGAUCUUGAUCGAACAAGUGAGAGAGCGUCGCUCCGUUUCACUGGUUAUGCGACCCGUGCGGAUCGUAAGUGCGUGAGAAAGUAUACGGGGGUGUGUUCCGGGUGUAAAAAGGUACCGCUCCGUUUCCCUAGAUUUCUGGUGCUGGUCCAUCCGUGAGAUUUCACAGUGCGAUCUCUGACGACCAGAGUUUCUUGCUCCCUUGCUCCUUGUUCCUGGUAGCUGCCAGGAUUGUCACAGAGGAGACUGGUGCUUUUAUCGUUCAGUGAGAGUUUGCAUUUACAGUGAGAAAUCUUCGAUGGUUAUUUAGCCGAAGGUUUUCAUUCAUCUGAAAUAACGUCGAUCCGAGAGAAAAGGGUCGUUGGUGAGAUGCUCGGCAGGUUCACGGUUGUACGGUGAUUCGCGUGAUCCCGUCGCUGAGCGUCGGAUACCCUCACUGUCUGCGAACGACAGCCUUCCAUCUAUCGAACGGUGGACUUUUCGUAAAAUCAUCUGUCCGAUGCGCCGCAUGUUCGACCAAGCUAUUAGACAGACUCCUCUAUCGACAGUUCGUCGUCGUUUCUAUCGGAUUCCGGUAAAGUUAGACCAAUGAGAGGGCCAGUAAGGUGCGCUCCAGGUGAGAGAAACACGGGGUGGACCCAUGGAACGCGAACCACGGUGGGCACCGUUGGAAACAGAACACCGGAGAAAUUUCGCCGAUUCUAACGACCAAUCGCGCAUCACCGACCAUUUCAUCAAAGAAUUUCGCCACUCGUCGAGUCAACGUUCGACGAAUUUCUCGAUCUGUUAGACGCUCCGCUAGAACACACCGAACCAGAGGAGCGUGCGAAAAACGUGGGAAGAUUUGUCGAUCGUUGAAAGUUGGUCGAAAGCUGAAAGUUGCGAGAGGAAUGUAUCGAGGAUAAGGAGGAUACGCGAGUCCCGGAAUUUCGAUCUCUGACGUGAGAAAAAUAGGAAAAAAGAGAUAGGACAGGAAGAAGAGGAAGAAAAGAAAACGAGAACCGAUUCUAACGAAAAUAGUGAAGUGUGGAUGUGGUGUCCGUGCAACAGUGGUGGAAGGUGGUUGUGGACGACAAUAAGAAAAGUGCAGGUGUCGUUGUUUGUUAUUCUUGUUUUUGUCGUGGUUGUUCGUUGAUCGUUGUAUUCUUGGUGAGCAGUGGUGACGCGGUGCGCGCUGCUCGUUCGUCCACGUUGUUACGAUGGUUUCCACGUCCUUUGUAACUUUGGUGUUCUUCGUCUGCCUGCAAACGAUUCUACUCUCCACUGUGAGCAACUGCGCGAAGACGAUCAGCAUGUACUGGAACACCACCAAUUCCAUAUUUCGAAUAGACAACACAGACCACAUAAUAGACGUGAACAAGAACAACGCGGCGUUCGAGUACGAUCAAGUGAACAUAAUAUGUCCUGUGUACCAGCCAGGAACGUAUGACGAGGACGCGGAGAAGUAUAUUAUUUACAACGUGUCUAAAGAGGAAUACGAAACAUGUCGGAUAACGAAUCCAAAUCCACGGGUGAUAGCAGUCUGUAACAACCCGUAUAAGACCAUGUACUUCACGAUCACCUUCAGGCCGUUCACACCGCAACCUGAAGGUCUAGAGUUCCUGCCAGGCCACGAUUACUAUUUCAUCAGCACUUCGUCCAAGGACGACCUUCAUAAACGCAUCGGUGGACGAUGCACCAGUAACAACAUGAAGGUGGUGUUCAAGGUGUGCUGCCGCAACGAGGCUGACACCUCGUCGUCAUCGGCUACAUCGCGCAACAAUUCCGUAGCUGUAACCAGCAGCACCGUGCCAAGCAGCAGCUCGACCAGCACCGCAGUUUUGGGUGGAGGAGCCGUCGGAAUACCACCCCCGCCACCACCGAGCGUCGUCAAGAACGGCGGCCCAGAUCGAUUCUACCCAGGGGGCAGCAUUCAUCAUCAUCACGAUCAUCAUCAACCGGCCACGGCGGCGCCGACCCUGCCCCACGUACCCCCUCCGGCCAUCUACCCUGUGCAUCCGCAUCAGCCUCCGAUUCACAAUGGACCGCCGUCCUCCUCGCCGCCCAAGACCUCGAUCGGCCAGAAGAAGAAGAACAAGGAAUAUUCGGACCAUCCGAACGAAGUUGUGAAGAACGAAGAAUUGACCUACAACGGGGCGAGUUCCAGCCGUGUUCAAGAUCGGUAUUACCAGCUGGUGAUGGUGUUGACGGGAAGCUUGUUUAUCAGCGCGAUCAUGCCGCAAUUAUUACGGUGAAGCGACAACACUACCGACGAGAACGUAUAUCCCAUACGUCGAAACCCCUUUUUCUGUGAUUAUCCUACGUUUAAUUAAUUUCUUGAGGCACGCGUGAGCGCGCGCGCGCUCGCGUGGCCGCCCCUCGAUCGUGAAAAAUAAAUGAAAAAUAAAACGCGCACGAUUUAUGGUCGGACUGCCUCGAGAGAGAAAGAGAACGAGAAAAUUUAAUCGGGAAGGAAGAAAGGCAAAAACGAACAACAAUGGUUUAGAGAAAAAAGGAAAAUUAAAUGAAAAUAAAAGAGGAUGCGAGUUAUAAGAAGAACGAAGAGUUGGCAGAAAUAAUAAAAAAGAAAAUAAACGUAAAUGUCAAGAGAAGAGACACGCACGACACACGAGCAGCAACGCCAUAUUGAAACUAUUCGAAAACGAAGAACGAAGACGUAGAUAGUAAGAUUACAAAGACGAAGAAAGACGAAACGAGGAGAAACGCUACUAUUAGACACUAUCAUAGUAUGCCCACUAUUAUCACUACUAUAAAUGGUAGUCGUAUUGGUUGUCCUUCUUAUCAUUACGCUAAUUCUAGGUAUUUAUUGGAAAUACGAGGAAAGAGAACGAAGUCGUGGACAGCGUGCUAAAUAUCCUCGAGCGAGGCAUACGCCGCAUAGCGAAUAAAUACGUCCGUCAAAGAGAAGCGCGAAAGUUCUUUCGUUUAAAUAUCAUAACCUCGCGCGCGUGAGCAUUUCGAACGAUAAUGAUAUCGUACGACUGACAUCGACGUUGAUCGACUAACGGUCCUCUGUCAUCUAUGCCACGAUUGCUUGAGAAUUAAUAUCGUACUUGAAAAGUCAAACGAUCAAGUUAACUUAGAAACUUAUAUGUAUAUAGAGAACCAAUUACUUACUAGGUUAGUAUGAUUUAAAACUUGCCAUCUUAGUAGAUGUAUCACUUAGCACUCAUUUUUUUGUUAAUAUUUUCAGUAUCACGUCCGCGCAAAUGUAGAUACGUCAUUUGUUUAACUGAAGAUUUCAGAUCAAUCACGUGACUUAUUGCGAUAAUCGAAUGCAACGUUAAUCCGCGAUUAAUCGCGACGGUCGCGCCAAUAUUCGGAUCGAAAUCUAUCGAAGGAAACAGUCAUGGCGGAGGGUCGUUCGGGUUGCGUAAACAGUCGCGAACAGGAUAAUUAGCACGCGUGUAAAUAAAUUCCUAAUGAAUAUGUACAAGUGGCUCUUGCCUCGUCUUCGGGGCAGAGGAAUUUAAGAGAGUGCCGUAUACUAGGUAAAAUCUUAUAUAUGACACACGAAAGAGUGCGAUACAGCGUGAGUGAAAAUUUCCGAGUGUGACAGAGUAUGACGUGUGUGGGUGUAUUGCGAGGCGUAUGUGAACAUUCGUGAACACAAAGAUCGCCCAUUUGGAUAGGACACAAAACUGUGUAAGGUGCGAUAAACUUUUGUAAGUUCCGCCCGCGGUUCUCGCAAUCGUGACACUUUCGCGAACACGUAAACUAUCGUCGGCGAAGAAAUUCGAAAAUUCCUCUCUUCGACCGAGUUCGUCGAAGGGAAAUGGCGAACGAACGAACGAACGAAAGUAUGGUAUGUAAUGCGUGAGAGAGACUGAUCGCGGAGCGAACGAAAUAACAAUUUUUGUAUCAUAGUUGUACCAUACCGAACUUUAUCUAUAGAUCUGUAUUAUAUUUAUUAUCCGCUAUCAUUACGCUACGAAUAAUCACACUCGAUAUUCUAUAUUUACUAGUAAAAAAUAUCAAAUUUAAUAGCGAAUAAAUUGCGUAUUCGGCGGGGUAAUGAUAAAAGAAACGACAUGCGAGCAAAACGAUGAAUUCUCGACCCCUAUCAUCAUCGGAUCUGCCAUUUGUUGUUUCCUUCUAUUUUCUUUCAUUUUCUUCGUGCUGUAUUGCUCGAAAACGUCGAACACGCGAGUUCGAGUGCUUAUUUCGACGUGUGCUCGUUAUUUCAAUAAAUUGGCCGCGCGAUGGUCGGUUUCAUUUCGUCGAUUUCGAUAUCGUCUUUUGUGCUAUGUACAUCGUUCUUUUCAGUUGUCCCUAUGAUUCUCCUGUUUCUUUUUUUUUUUUCUUUUUUUUUUAUAUACUCUAUUUAUUGUUCACCGCCACGCAGAUUUCGUUUCCAUCCGCGUACUGACGAACGUACGCGCAUGCAAAUCGCAUUUAUUUGUAAAACGUACGGGAUUACAUGUAUACAUGCACAGUGGUCACGAUCGUUACACGCGAUCCCGCUCUGAUUUGUCGCGUACGUCGAUAACGACGCCCUCUUCGCUAACGUUCAAGCUCUGUUCACGCUGCGAUCGCAGCCGAUUUUACGUUACGAACGCCCAUUAACGUAUAACAUUGUACACGUAUCCUGUACGUAUCCGUAAGCCCGUGUUUCGCUCGAUCACGAUCACGGAUCCAUAUUUCUAUCGAUCGCGCAAUUUUCAUACCACGAUCACACGACAAACGUCAACUAUGUGUCUCGGAUUUUAUCGCGCGGAAUACAUCGUACCGGCAAUUAAUUAUAUAGUGCGCGCGCAUCUUGCGCAUGUCGCGCAUCGUAUCGUAUAAACGUAACCUGUAAUCUUUAAAAUCGCGUUCCCGCCAAUACAUUCGAUGAUUGGCCGCACGGCUACGAUGGCGCUAUUUUAUUGCUUGCGUACUUACACAACUCUUAUUUACGCGCAUUUCAUCUUUCAGAAUGCAAAAUUAUCGUUUUUGCGUGCGACGUCUAGUUUGACGAUCGACCAAUCAUAAUAUACCAAACGUAUCUACCGAGAUUCUGUAUCGGCGAUACGAACAACACGGCGAAUAUUACAUACAUACAACCUGGUCUUAAAAAUGGAUCCGUGAGCACCAGUGUGAAUGGAGCUUUAAUAAGUGCACAUAGUUGUUUCCGCGCGCGUAAAAAUGCACACACAGCGACCGAAGAGCGUUCGAGGCUCGAGGACGCGAAGGGAAGAAACUACAACGAGCAAAUGAUCGUUUCACGUUGGCCACGGGAAAAAGAGUUCGACCGAACGGCAACUAGAGUAACGAAUUAUUGUAAAUACGAAUAUGCGGAGAGAAUUACGUAUCGUAUAAGGCAGAACGAGAGAAUGUAAGAAAGAUUAAUGAGAGUGCAAGGGUGAGAGAGACAGAGAGAGAGAGAGACAGAGAGAGAGAGAGAGAGAGAGAAAGAGACCCCCAAUUCCGAAUCGUAGAUAAUAAAGAAAAGAUGUAUUCUGAUGGCUGCUCGAUUGACCGACUCGUUUUCAUCGUUCAUUGAUGGUUCAUCGUCCUUAAUUAUACGCGACAAUUAAAAUGGAAAUCAAUGACCACGAUCAACCGGGAAUGUUGAGGGAAACGAUGGAAAUUAAAUGCGUGUAUAAUGUUAUCCAUUACAGUAUUGUAAGCCUAAGUAUUACAUGCCUCCGAUCCACGUCUGUUUGUCUGUCUGUCCGUUCGUCUGUCUACGGUUUGUACUUUUUACCCAUGUGUUAACCGCAAUAGCAAUUUCGUACACGUACGAGCGAUCGAUUACGAGAAAGCAGUUCGCGACGAUACCUGCGAUUCCACGAUUCUUAGCAUGUAGAUUCCUCACAAAUGAUCAUAUUUUCGUUUCGUUAACUAUAGCUGCUACGAUGACAGUUUCUUUUAGUUUCUCUCUAGUCGUUUUCGUUCGCACACACAUGUAUACACGUGGAAUUGUUUGUGAGCCGCUGAUCAACCCGCAAAACGAAACCCAAAGACAAUCACCUGCACCAUUGUAAGGAAAAGCGUUCGAAGCGUCUCUGCGUAGAUCAGUCGUCAACUAUAGCGUCACGAUAUCAUUUAGGUAUAUACGAUUCGUUAACCCUCUCACACGAAGUAGAAGUAAUUAAACACACGAUUGUACAAAACGUUUCUCGUACAAGUUCGUUUUGCGGGUCUCAGAGGAUAUUACAUACAGUAACGUACGUUUGUAAAGGGACGCAAAUAGUAGAGUGCGUUUACGGUUCGAUCGGCAUGAUCGACGAUCCAUGUAACGGUUGCACACACGUCUUGAAUCGUGGAUGUAUCGAUAGAACUGCUCCGGGCGGCGAAUUAUCGAUCGACUCGAAUUAAUCGAAUUAAUCAGAGCCAGCAUGAAAGCCCGUAAUCAAUUAAAUAUAAAUGCAAUAGCAAUGCAGCAAAGUUACAUAGAUCCAAUGUGAAUGGUACUCAUUCUUACGGACGAUAGAUGAAUACAGUAUAACAAUAAUAUAGACUCGAACUAUCGAUAGAAAAUAGACAAGGUCACUCACUGCAAUAUUUUUUUAUUUUUCUCUCCUUCAUUUAUCUUUCUUCUUUUCUUCUUUUUUUUUUCGUUUCGACCGAUCCGCUCCGAAAGCACCCUCCGAUCCAUCCGUAACACCAAUCCCGACCACCACCACCACCACCACCACCACCACCACUACUACCGACCACAACGUGAAACGCUGCUCCUCGAAAGUUAUUUUUGUAACCAUGAACAGGGACAAGCAUCGUACCAAUAAGGUAUUUAAAUCGUUAGUAGAAAGUAUAUGUAGAUACUCGAUAUGAUAGAAAGUUUAACGACACCGAUAUAACAGAAACACACAGGAAUAAUCAUAAGGUCGAUGAACCCGAAGAUUACGAUUAAUCAGAUCGCGCGUUAAGAUUAAUCUUCGCUCUUAAUCGCGUACACAGACCGAUAUACAGGUAACGCAUAAGUACGUAGACGCGUUGCAGAUCGCACGUUUCGAGCAGAAAUACACGAAGAACAAAACGAGGAACAGGUUUCACAGUUUUCUAAUCCAAAGACGUUCGAACCUGCCCUUCAUUGCGAUUUUUAUCGUUCAUUUUCGCUAUUUCAUUGUGUUAUCCUCUCGUGUGCGUGUUUUGGAACAAUGUCAAGAGAUUAGAGGUCCUCGCGGAUGGAGAUCACAGCAGGCGACUGUUACGCGUACGCGAAAAGGGCUUGUUCCUCUCUUCUCGAGACAGGGGUUAUAACGGGGAUGAGAUAAAACGGGCAGUAACGAGAAAGAAACAGAAAGUAACAAGGAUGGGAAAGGAAAAAUACGAAGGGAUCGAUUAAUUAGAUUUACCGCGUCGAAUUGACAACGUCGCGGGUUUAUCGAGCGUGAAAAUGGGAUCGAGAUGAUUUCGUAGGUACGUCGUUGUAAAUAGAGAAAUGAAGAAAAACAAGAAAAAGAUUACGAUCAAUAACGAUAACACGAUGAAAUUUAUAUUAAAUACAUAGCAAGUACGAGGAUAGGUUUCUAAUAACAAUUUAUUAUAAAAGUGAAUGUACGUUGAUGUCUAAGAUUUUUAACAAGAUGGAAAAAAAGAUAAGAAAAAACACAAAGUGGUUAUUAUUAAACUAUGAUUAUUAACUCAUAAUCGAGAAACACAAGUACUAAUUAAACAAAAGAGCGUUUGAAUACAGAACCACACUUUUUAGCCAGGUCAUGAAUUCUCUCACGUUGCAUAUAUUAAUUUUGUAACAGGUACAUUACAUGACACAUACGAUCACGGUCACGGAAGCCAUACGGGAGGCGCCACGUUAUCACCGGGGCAACCGUUAGAUCAUUUCUUUUCUCUCUCCUGAACACGGUACACGUAUUUACAUAUAAAUUAAACAACAGUCGGGAUAUCGUGUUUAUAAAAUGAGAAAAAAAAGUCGAAAGCUGAUAUCACGCAGUUUAUUCGAUCAAUCGAUACGAUAUAUCGAGGAUAAGAAAAAAAGGAAAAUAUCAAAACCAGCUUGGAGAAAGAAAGUAUCAACGGUUUGAAUAGUUCGAUCGGUUAGCGUUGUCUGACAAUCAAACGACCUAGUUUCCAAUUACGACGCAACAAUAUUUAUUCAGCGAUUAUCUCUCUUUUGCCUCACCUUCGCUCCAUCUAAAUUUCAACCGAGUAAACAGAUGAAAAAGGAAAAGGUGAACAAAAUUGUAAAAAUAGUAACGCGGUCCACGUGUGGCAUUCGUGAACAGGAUCGAUCAAUUAUAGAUUGCGUGUGCUCGCUAAGUAUGCACGUUCAGUACAGUACAGUCGUUCAUUACAAAGCAUUACAGAUACAAUACAAAGUAGCGUAGUGUUCAUAAUGGUAGUCCACUUGUAGCGAAAUAGUGUUUAAACAGUCCAAACAGACAACCAAGCAACCAAAAAAAAAAAAAAAACCGGAAAAACGACAUGAUCGUCGAAAAAAUUACAGGUAACCAUAAAAAGUACACAGUAAACGUGAAUCGAUCUUCAUGAAGUACGUGCAAGACACGCACACACAUGUACACACUACGACACGUGCACACGACACAUACACAUGUAUAUUGGCACAUAUUGCGAUACAAACAGUUUCAAACACUGUCGAGGGCGUUGCGAGAAAAGGUGCGGCGUUACUCUAAAGAUACGAAGAAAAAAAAAAGAAAAAAAAGUAUAUAUUUAAAUGUACACUCAUACACAGAUACAGAGACACGAUAUACACAUAUGCAAAAGCGACGCGACUUCGACGACCACGCGACGUAAAACGCAAAUGCGCGUGAAUUCACUCGCAGAAGCAGAGAAAGGAAGAAAGAAAGAAAGACGAAAGGCGGAAAAGAGGGUCGACGAUGCUCUAAACGUAAACUCGUCGGCGUCGCGCGAUUUAUAUAGCUAUAUUGUAUUAUGCAUGUCGAUAUACGGUCACAUAUAACGAUGGAAAAUGAAAGUAAACCAAACGAAACAAAAUGAAAAAAAAAAAAAAGUGAAAAAGUAACUGGAAAAUGUUAAAAUGCCGGACAGGGAGACCGGGCGUCCCCCGAUAAAAUAAUAAUAAUACACGUACAUACUCACUCACAUAACACAUACAAAGUACGUCGACGCGUCGUACGACGACGAAAUACGUCGGCGUCGAAACGUUUCAUUUUGAAAGUACCUUGCGCGAGUCGUCUCGAAUCGUUUAAGUACAAAGAAAUAAAAAGAAGAAAGAAAAAAAAGAAAAGAAGAAGAUGAUGACGAUGACGAAGAAAAAGAAAUGCUCUCCUCGAUGGACGAGAUGCGUGCGAUCCACGUUCCACGCGAUUCAGAUACCAGGGUAUCGAGUUCUAGUUCGCGGAUUCGGUGAAGAAAUCAGGUUUCCUUUUUUGCGUUUGAGGCCAUCAGCGACGAGCACCAUUGCGUGGGUUGUAUACGGACCAGAGGGAUUCACAGUGCUGAAUGGUAAAUUUGGGGAAAUCGCGUGUCACGCCUCUUUCGUUGAACCCUCGACAGGCAUUAACGAGUUCCUGGAAUCAAAUUGGUUGUAAAAAGAAUUAUAUUUAAACGAUCGUUGCCUGCUCGAUUCGAAAGGUUGUAAGCGCAUCCGUGAAUCCGCUCGUCGUUCGUUUCCAAAUGUUUCUAUUUUUUAAACGAACGAAAGCGAUUUGCGAGUAAAACUGCAUUCGCGAUCGUUUCGAUGGAUAUUUAUCGAAAACGGUGAGAACACAAAUAAACGAUAUAUACGCUUUGUUGCACUGAUUUUUCGGCUUUUACCGAUAUUACGUAUACACAUCUUUUACCGCUGUUUCAAAACGCUGUAAACACGAGAUGCAAGAGGAAAUUGAUAGCUUGAAUUACGUUUUUAUCGAAGCUCAAACUUUUCGCAGCAUGAAAUUUCCUAUUGUUAUAUAUAUAUAUACGUUCAUGUUUUGAUCGAUUCGAAGGAUUUCAUAUGUUUUAUGAAAUGGUUGAACGCGUGAAAUUCAAACGCACAGACGCAAAGACGACGAUUCUUCUUGCGUCGCGUGAAACGAGCGAAAUGUAAUUUAAAAGGUAAAACUGCCAUUUUUAAUUAACGUAAUCGAUAACCUCGAAAACGAUUGGUAAUUAUCGUAACCGUACAACUUAUUCGUUGUCCUACCCUGCAAAACGAACGUUAAAAGAUGAGAGUUAGAAACUAUAGAGUAUGGAGGAAUGUGAGUUCGCAGCGAAAGCGAAUGUCCGGUUCGAUCGCAUUCUUAAAUUUCGCGAGUCUUUCGACACUGAUCAUAUACAAAAAUCGCUUCAAUUCGUUCGACGUUCCAUCGACGUUGAAAGAUACCGUCUGUCAAAGAUGAACACGCUACAUUUACAAGCAGUACAUCUUAAAAAGCGCAUAAUAUCCACGAUGUCAUUCGAUCGUGUAUACACGGAGAAUUCAAGAUUUUAAACGAAGCGUUGCCAGACAUUUCUUAUCGCUUUAUACUUUAUAUAUGUGACAGUAAAAGAUAUACGAAAUGUAGAAUACUAAAACAUAUUAUUUUGAAAUUUUAGAUACAGAAAAGAAAAAAAAAACAACAUCACCUUAUCCUACAGUUUAAAAUGUUAGUAAUCUAAAAACAAGAUCGACACUGACUGACUAUUAACUGAGACUGAAUUCGUUAAUCCAUCAUUUCAUUCCCCCCUUCUUCCUCUAAGUAAAAAUCACAAAACCUUCUUCUCUUUCAUUUAAUUCCAAGAUAUUUCGUCUCUAUUCAAAGAUUUUGAUCGUUCAAACUGCUCGAUAACGUAUCAACCACACGUUUGGAGUUGUAAAAACCUAUUAUAUAUUAGUCUGAAUAUUUGAUAUUUAAUAAAAUAAUAAUUUCACCUGAAAAGUUAACCAUCGAUCCGGAUGUUAUGUGCUUUACAAGAUCGAACGUACAUAGCGUAUACAUAAUAGAAAAAAUCGCGAUGGCGUUUAAUAUACGAAAUCUGACGAUUCGCAAUGCCGAAAACGAAGAUGCUUAUGUUUCGAGCCGCGUUGCUUGUUCACGGACACGCGACCAUGCCACUUCGUUUCAAUCGAUUCGAUCCGAUUAAUUAAGCCCCCAUUCGAUUCGCCUAAGGCUUUCAGCCGUGUAUGCUUCACAGACAACGAAUCUCUCGACUUGCCAAGCGACUCGCGACUGACAAUAGUUUCUGCCUGCGAUCCCUCGAUGCGAUUGUUUUAAGCGCAAAACUGUCGUCACGUAGGACAGGACUUAUAAAUCGUUGAAAAAAAGAGUAUUUGGCAUAGAAAAAGAAAAAAGAAGAAAAAGAUAGAAAGGAAGAAGAUACGCCCGAACGAAUCGUUUCCCCUACUUGAAUCUGUAAGGUACGCUCGUCACGUUGUUUAGAGCUAUUUAUCGAUUCUAAAACCGAAGCGAGAUGUUACACAUAAAAACGAAAUAUUUUUGCGGUGCAAAAUUUUCGCAAAAUGAAAAGUCAGUUCCUCUGUGGCGUGUUGAGAUAUACGCGAGAUUUCGAGCCUAAAUCGUUGUACGAUUGUUUAUAUAGAACGAAUUUAUAUUAUAUAGAACGAUGCGAAAAAAUGUUAAGUGUGCUUGUAAGUGUGCUGUAUGAUGAUUUCCGGUGUUUACGAUAUUCGUUUGCGGUCACGCUGAAUAAGUCUUGUCUUACACGUUCGCACGCAUUCUACUUCUAACCACCAAAGAAAUACACUCGCACGUAUUUCUUCUCCAAGCGCUUCUCCAAGGCACUUCUAUUAUGGGAAAGAAUGCAACGAUAAACCGUGGUCUAUAUUUAUCGCAAGUUUUAGUAUUAAGUUUUGAAAGUUAGCGUUAACAGGUGCCAUUUUUGUGCCAUCACUUUUCUUCUUUUCAGGCAGCCAAGUAAGACGAAUAGAAAAAUUAUUCACCGUUAAACUCCAUAACUAUUUGAUAAUUAACGAUCCCACUGAUGAAUUUCAUUGAUUUACUGGAAAUAGAAACAAUCGGGUGAGCUCGCGGAAAGAAGAAAACGGAAGAAACGAGAAGGAAAAACGGAUAGAUCGAAUGAAAGCGAUGCCUGAUUUGAAGCGCGCAUAACUUAAGGAUCGCGCAACUCGAGAAAAGAAGCGCGAGACAAACGAGAGAAAAGGAAAGCAUUUUAGGCAAGACGUGUCGGAGUACAUAGACUUCUCGUGAAAGUAGAGCCAAUGGAGAAGAAACUAAUCGGGCGGGAAGCAAUGCUGCCUCGGUUAUCCGCGUAAAAGCAUACUUGCAGUUAUAAGGUCCUAAAUAAGAGUGAAACGAAGAAAUUUAAAUAAUGCAAGACGGAACGAUGGAAGGAAACCAUAACUGAAAGGCCUAGGUUGUCGCACUCGUUUGAAAAACUUUCCUGCAAGAAUGCAUACAAAAAGUAGCGUACAAUUGCUGUACACUCGUUUGUUGACGCGAAUAUAAGGGGAAAAAAGUCGAUUUGAUUUGUAUAUGUACACACGGUGAGCCCGAGGUUCGUGCAAGGACAGGUGCAUUUACGUAUGAAUGAGGAAGAGAUCUGGCGAAAUCGAUGCUCGUUUCUUUCUGGUUCAUAGUCGGUAGGCGCGAAUAAAUCAAUGACGGUAUCACUUCAUUCUUGUAAACGCUAAUGUCCUCUGCGGCGAUCAUUGUUAUUAUACGAACGAACUCAAGACGGCAUGGUAUACAAGACUAAGAACAAGACCUAAAAUGGGGACAUAAUAUUUUAUAACUCAACUUUUGUACAGAAUAAAUAAAUACUUGUACUGUGGACCAA